GCCGCGAGGUGCAGCAUCCUAUUGUAAGUGGAUGAUGGCGGAGCUGGCUGCCUUGUCGUCGUUCUCGAAAUUUCUGUGGCCAGUGAACUCCCUCUUCCUCUCCCACUCACCCUCUAUUCCUUCUCACCACUGCGGGGACUUCUCCUGAUUUGCAGUUUUCCUUUUCCUGACGUACACAUGGUAGAUACGAGCUGGUGGCUUGCAGACUGCGUCUGUCUGGAGAUAGGCAGCGAACCGAUGGAUAACAACACUCCGGGAGAAUGAUUAUGCAGCAGUUUAAGGAUAGGCUUUUGUGAUUAAAAUCUGUAGCAGUGCACAGUGGAUGAAUAAAAAUGAAUAGAUUCUUCAGUGUAUAGUCUUGGACGCAGCGUGCUGAUUGGAAUCUUCUUGUUCAAAGAUCGGAAAGGCCAAGCGCUGAAGGCAAGGAGCCAUGGCCGAGGAUAGGAAAGAUGAAGCCAAGGCACCACACUGGACUUCAGGUCAGCUAACAGAGGCUUCUUCACACCCACAUUCACCUGAAAUUAAGGAUCAGGGUGGCGCAAGUGCUGGACUGGUCAGAAGUGCCAAUGGAUUUCCGUACCGAGAGGAUGAGGAGCUGAGGCUGGGCAGCCAUGAGCAGCCAGGGACGUAUGCUCAGACCAAAGAGAAUGGCAUCAACGGAGAGUUGUCAUCAGGGAACAGGGAGACUGCAGAAGAAGUGUCUGCAAGGAUAGUACAAGUAGUAACAGCUGAAGCUGUAGCGGUCCUGAAAGGUGAACAGGAAAAAGAAGCCCAGCACAAAGAUCAGCCUGGAUCACUACCUUUAGCAGUUGAAGAGUCAGCCAACCUGCCUCCUUCCCCACCUCCAUCACCAGCUUCUGAGCAGACUGGAGUUCUGGAGGAAGCCACGAAGAUGGAAUUCCGUCUCCAGGAGGGCACAUGCCCUUUUGCAGCAGAACCAUUAGACACAAAGCAGCGUGAAUCUGGGAAAGACAGUAAGACUGUUGAGCAACCUAAAUAUGAUGCCUUAGUCCCACAGUCAGCAAAAACAGAGGCUACAGAUAAAAAGGAUUCAGAGAGCAAAGACAAAGUGCUUUCACCUCCAUCAGAAUGGAUCUUGAAAACUGAUUUGCAGAAGAAAGGGGAAGCCAGUUUUGCAGAACCUGCAACUAAGCCUCCUGCAUCUCAAGAGCAAGAGCACUUGUCAUCUCAGCUGCCUGGAGAGAGCAGGGUGGAGGAAAGGACUGCAGCUGUGCCCUCAUCAACCGACCAAGUUAUGGCUAUCAAAUCUCACGACAACCUCAAAGAUAUCCAAGGUGGUGCCAUCAGCCAUGGUGAAAGUUUUCUGUUGCUAUCAGAACCCAAGGCAGAAGCAGCCAAAAGGGAACUUCCUUCAGGCCCAUCUCCUGCUCUCCCCCAGGAGCUUUCACUCAAAGACAGUUUCAAAACACAUCAGGAACUUGCUGACCAACUGUUUGCCAAAGAUCUCAGUAAAGAAGUACAGAUCCACAGAGACAGGACAUUUUCUCUACCAGAAGUCUCAGCAGUCACUAUAGAUGGAUUGAAAACUCCAAGCACCCCAAAAAUCCCUCCGUGGGGAGAAGAAAAGGACAUGACUAAGGAUGAGAGCGAUGAGGAAGAAAGGUAUGACUUCUUUGAUAAAGGGGAGGCUCGAAUAUUAGAGGAUGGUAAAAUUACCACAAAAUCAGAAGUUAAAACACCUUCCCUAGCAAAAACAGACUUUCAAAAGGAUGGUGAAGCUAAAAAGUCACCUGAUACUCUCAAAGCAGAAAAAGAAACGGACCAAAGUGGGCUCUCAGCAGCAGCAGAUGUGAAAAAGGAGGUGCAGCAAAGCACACAGGUACCCCCAGCUAAGUUAAGUCAUGAACUGACCCCUGAGAAAACAAUGGAGCAUCCUGAUACCACUCAGUUAUCCAGAGUAUCAGAGAAAGCUCCUGAGGCACCAGGCUUAACCACUGAGAAGACUCCUACUCUUGAAGCUUCUCACGAGAAAGAUGUUAAAAAAGAUACUGAGGAGGAUAAGACAAGUGUUUCAGCUCCUCAUCAAAUGAAAGAAGAGGAGGAUCAGUCAGGAAUGUCUAAGUAUUUUGAAACCUCUGCUCUGAAAGAGGAAGCCUUCAAAGCAGAUGGUCUGAAACAAAGCAGUGAUUACUAUGAGCUGAGUGACACUAAAGAGAGUAAAUAUGACCCCUAUCAGAGAGGUCGUCUAAUACCUGAAGAUGAAGAAGAGGAGGAAGAGGAAGAAUUCAAUCAGCAGCAGAAUCUGCAUACUCGUGAGAUGGGCUACAGUACCCUGGCUCAGAGCUAUGCACCAGACACAUCUGAGGAACCGAGCUCUCCAACAGAAAGAAUGUUCACUAUUGACCCCAAAGUCUAUGGGGAUAAGAGAGAGCUUCACAGUAAAAAUAAAGAUGACCUAACUCUGAGCAGGAGCCUGGGACUUGGGGGGAGAUCUGCAAUUGAACAGAGAAGUAUGUCUAUUAACUUGCCCAUGUCCUGUCUGGAUUCAAUAGCUCUAGGAUUUAGUUUUGGGCGUGCACAUGAUCUUUCUCCCCUCGCUUCAGAUAUUCUAACUAACACUAGUGGAAGUAUGGAUGAAGGUGAUGACUACUUGCCAGCAACCACACCAGCAUUGGAGAAGGCCCCCUGCUUCCCCAUUGAGAGUAGAGAGGAAGAUGAGCACAUAGAAGAAGAAAAAGUAACAGCAGAAGAAAAAGUCCAGCCUCAGACCUUGGCUGAACCAUCUUUCCAGGCCAAAGAUUACUACAAAAAUGGGGCUGUCCUGGCUCCUGACCUGCCUGAAAUGUUAGACUUGGCAGGGACAAGAUCUAGAUUAGCCUCUGUGAGUGCAGAUGCUGAGGUGGCACAGAAGAAAUCAGUUCCUUCUGACACUGUGGUGGAAGACAGCAGCACAGCCCUGCCACCUGUGACAAAUGAAAACCAUGUCAUUCUAAAAGCUGAAAGUCAACUGGAAGACUUGGGCUACUGUGUUUUCAAUAAGUACACAGUACCACUCCCUUCUCCAGUUCAGGACAGUGAGAAUUUAACAAGUGAAACCUGUCCUUUCUACGAAGGCACAGAUGAAAAACUGAGACGUGGCCUUGCUCCUGACUUGUCUUUAAUAGAAGUGAAGCUGGCAGCUGCUGAAAAAUCAAAAGAAGACUUCCUCAGUGAAAAGGACUUAGGUCAGCAUGGUGAGUCCAUUCUAGUGAGGGGCUUUGAGGAGGAGAAAAAAGAGAAACUGGAUACUGUGCUAGAAAAAAGUGAAGAACAAAUUGAGUCUAAAGAAGUUUGUCCCAUUAAAGGAGCAGAACCAGAGAAGACAAGAGCUGAGGCAGUGUUAGGAAGGAAGGAAGAAAGUGUGGCUAGUAAAGUUCAUUUACCUGCUGAUACAGUGUAUGACAGAAUUUCUGCUUCAGAGCUAGCAAUAGAAAAGGAUUCUGUUUGUUUGUUGAUGGAGAAGGAGAAGACUCUCAGUGUUGUUCCUGAAAUAGCUGAGAUAGACGCUCCAGUUAAACCAGAUUACAAUGCUAUUAAGCACGAUAUGGAGGUGGCUGCCAGGAGAGCUGACCAAGAAUAUCAGAGUAAGUUAGACGCUAAGAUUAGUGAGGUUGUUUCACUUCCUUCAGGGAAGGACAAAGCCUCUCUUAAAAAAGCAGAGCCUGAACCCAAAGAUGCUCAGCAGAAAGAGGAGACCAUCUUCUCCAGAGAAGCAAAGGAUGCAGAUAUACUUUCCAAGACCGAGCCUAGUUAUGUGAAGGACAUCACCAAACUGUCAGAAACAGAAAUUAAGGAAAAAGUACCCAAGCCAGAUCUGGUACAUCAAGAGGCAGUUGAUAAGGAGGAAUCUUAUGAAUCCAGUGGAGAGCAUGAUCAAACCCAAGAAAGUUUGAAUGGAGAACCUGUGAAACCAGAGGAUAUCAAAGCAGAACAUCCCAAACCUCCCGUGUCUGGGGAGGAGAUGCCUACACAGUUACCAGCUAAGGAGACUUCUGUGGAGCUCCUCUUUCCAAAAGCUGAGCCUCUCCGGGAGGAGCCUGCUGAGAUUCAGAUGGAGAGCAUACCACAACCUGCUGAAGGAGCUGAAGAGACUCUUGAUACAUCUGUGAAACCUCUGGAAACCCAAAAGCUGCUGCCAUGUGAACUGGCAGCUGGGGCCCCGAAAGGGGAAGAGUAUGAGGAAGAAGAGGUGGAAGCAGGGCAAGAAGCAAAAGAAGAGGAUAAAGAGCAUCUUGUAUCAGAAAUGCCCCCAGACUUUGGCAAGCCUGCUGCAGAAGAAAUGGGAGCCAAGGGUAGCCCAGAAGCACUGCCUGAACUGAAAGGCAUUAUUGAGUCAGUGGUGACAGUGGAGGAUGACUUCAUCACAGUGGUGCAGACAACAGUUGAUGAGGGUGAAUCUGCUUCUCACAGCGUGCGCUUCGCUGCUACUCAGCAGGAGGACAUUGAGACAGGAGACUCCCAGGCUGAAGAGGAGCUGGAUGUUGAAGAAGUGGAAGUUGAGCCCAAGGAAGGCUCCCGAGAGGCUCCUGCUUCACCCCAGAGAGAAGAAAUCCUGCUCACUAACUACAAAACAGAGACGUGUGAUGAUUACAAAGAUGAAACAACAAUUGAUGACUCCAUCAUGGACACAGACAGUCUCUGGGCAGACACUCAAGAUGAUGAUAGGAGCAUCAUGACUGAACAGUUAGAGACUGUUCCUAAAGAGGAGAAAGCAGAGAGAGAAUUGCGAAGAUCAUCUCUUGAUAAGCAUAAAAAAGAGAAACCUUUUAAAACUGGGAGAGGCAGGAUUUCUACUCCUGAAAGGAAAAUAGCUAAAAAGGAACCUAGCACCCUCUCCAGAGAUGAAGUGAGAAGGAAAAAAGCAGUGUAUAAGAAAGCUGAACUUGCUAAAAAAACUGAAGUUCAGGCCCACUCUCCCUCCAGGAAAAUAAUUUUAAAACCUGCUAUCAAAUAUACUAGACCAACUCAUCUCUCCUGUGUUAAACGGAAGCAGACAGCAGCAGGUGGUGAAACAAACCAGGCUCCUGCUGUAUUUAAACAAGCAAAGGAAAAACUCUCAACUGCUUCUUUGUCAAAGAUUCCUGCCUCAAAGUCUAGAGCAAAGUCAUUGCUUCCUCCAAGACCCAGCUCAGCUUGCUCAUUAACCACUAAAAGGGCCACAUUUCUCGAUACAGACAGUUAUUUUGUUCGGCCCUCCUCUGCAGGCCCAAGAGACUCAAAAUCAGAUGCUAAGGAUGGAGUAAGUAAGAGCCCUGAGAAGCGCUCAUCUCUACCAAGACCUUCCUCAAUCCUCCCUCCUCGACGGGGUGUGUCAGGAGACCGGGACAGAGAGGAGAACUCCCUCUCCCUCACAGCUUCUCUUUCCUCUUCAGUACGACGGACUACCCGAUCAGAGCCAAUUCGUAGCAGAACGGGAAAAAGUGGAACUUCUACCCCCACCACUCCUGGCUCCACUGCCAUCACUCCAGGGACACCACCAAGCUAUGCCUCCCGUACCCCAGGCACUCCAGGGACACCCAGUUACUCCAGAACUCCCCACACUCCUGGGACCCCCAAAUCUGCAAUACUGGUACCCACUGAGAAAAAAGUUGCCAUAAUUCGCACUCCUCCUAAAUCUCCAGCCACUCCAAAGCAGCUACGAGUUAUUAACCAGCCUCUACCUGACCUCAAGAAUGUCAGGUCCAAAAUUGGGUCAACAGAUAACAUCAAAUACCAGCCUAAAGGAGGGCAGGUUAGGAUUUUAAACAAGAAGAUCGAUUUUAGCGAUAUUCAGUCCCGGUGUGGUUCCAGAGAUAACAUCAAACAUUCUGCAGGGGGAGGAAAUGUACAAAUUGUAACCAAGAAGAUUGACUUGAGUCAUGUGACUUCCAAGUGUGGCUCGCUCAAGAAUAUCCACCACAAACCAGGAGGUGGACGUGUGAAAAUUGAGAGUGUGAAACUGGAUUUCAAAGAAAAAGCUCAGGCUAAAGUUGGUUCACUGGAAAAUGCCCACCAUGUACCUGGUGGUGGUAACGUCAAGAUUGACAGCCAGAAGCUGAACUUCAGAGAGCACGCCAAGGCCCGUGUUGACCACGGGGCUGAGAUCAUCACGCAGUCACCGGGCAGGUCCAGCAUGGCCUCGCCACGCCGCCUCAGCAACGUCUCCUCCUCUGGGAGCAUCAACCUCCUGGAAUCCCCCCAGCUUGCUACCCUUGCUGAAGAUGUCACAGCAGCCCUUGCCAAGCAGGGGUUAUGAAUUCGCUCGUUUUGCGUUCCAUGAAGUAAUAAUAUUUAGGCAUGAGCUCUUGGCGGGAAUGGGCUCAGAGCAGGUGUUACGUUCAUUCUUUACCAUGUCUAAAACUAAGUUACAUCCCAAGACUUGUAGUUAUCAUACAGUUAAAAUAAAAAA